GCCUGGCCCAGUAACAAAUGUGAAGCCCAAAUUGGAACAAUAAAUUCUUCACAAACCCUAUUAUUUCUUUCUUCUAACUUUUUGUGUAGCGCCACUCUUCCAUCUUCAAUUUUGGUGCACACAGUCGGGAAAGAUGCAGAUAUUUGUGAAGACCCUGACGGGCAAGACUAUUACCUUAGAGGUAGAGUCAUCGGACACCAUUGACAAUGUUAAGGCUAAGAUUCAGGACAAGGAAGGCAUUCCACCGGACCAGCAGAGGUUGAUUUUUGCUGGCAAGCAGCUCGAGGAUGGCCGAACGCUAGCUGACUACAACAUCCAGAAGGAGUCCACCCUCCACCUUGUCCUUCGCCUUCGUGGUGGUGCCAAGAAGCGUAAGAAGAAGACCUACACCAAGCCUAAGAAGAUCAAGCACAAGAAGAAGAAGGUCAAGCUCGCUGUCCUCCAGUUUUACAAGGUUGAUGAUUCUGGCAAAGUUCAGAGGCUCCGGAAGGAGUGCCCAAACGCUGAAUGUGGUGCCGGGACUUUCAUGGCUAACCAUUUUGAUAGGCACUAUUGUGGUAAAUGUGGCCUUACCUAUGUUUACCAGAAGGCUGGUGGUGAUUAGAUGAGUUUACUUUGCUUAGCACUUUAUCUUAGUUACUCUUUUGCCCACAUUUGUGUCCCUAUACUCUCCUAAUGUCUUGUCUGUGACAAGAUGUAAUGAUUUUGAAUUAUGGGAUUAUGUUUGCAGCUUAUAAGAAGUUAUGGAUUUUGUCAACUAAAA